AUGGGUGCCUCAGAGCAAGUCGACCUCAGAGCGCCUUUCGUCAGCGACACUCUUUUAGAGGUCCGGACAAGCACCAUGAAGAAGAUGCCGGGUUUAGAGAUCGAAUCGGGGAUAGACAAGAACCUGCGCAACGGACCCAUUCGAGUCUCGUUCCUCGGCCUUGAGGAUGACGAGCACGACCCGACAUUUCACGGAGGUGUCGAUAAGGCGAUCCAUGGAUCCGCAGAUCGCUUCCAGCCGGGCGGCUUUGGCGAGAACUUCGUCACUAAGCACAUGAACGAGCGCAAUGUCUGCAUUGGCGAUGUCAUUGCCGUCGGCGACGAGGUUGUGCUGCAAGUAAGCUUGCCUCGACAGCCUUGCUUCAAGCUCAACCACCGCUUCCAACUCAAAAACUUCGCCCCGAACACGUACAAGACGAGCAGAACUGGCUGGUACUACCGUGUUCUAAAGGAGGGCACCGUCAAGGCCGGCGACGAGAUUAAGCUUGUCGAGCGCAAGUGGCCAGCAUGGACUAUUGAGAGGGUGCAGGAGUUCCUGCAUAGAGACCAGAGCAACUUGCAGAUGAACGAAGAGCUGGCGCAAAUUGAAGAGAUGGGGAAGGAGAGUCGUGGCGCGUUCCAGCGGCGAGUGGCCAAGGCGAAGGCCCAGGCGAAAAAGACGAAGGACAAGGGUGAAGAAUGGCGCGACUACAAAAUUGUCGAGAAGAAGAGGGAAACAUCUCGGGUUUCUUCAUUCACUUUGGAAUCUGUCAGUGGCGAUGCUCAACCCGAGGUCGACAUGGAAGGCGCCCAUACGAAGAUCAAGCUUCCCAACGGACUGCUACGAUCCUACUCCAUUGUCUCUGGCGAACCCAAAAGAUUCGAACUGGGCAUCGCGCUCGAAGACGAUAGCCGCGGAGGCUCUCGUUGGUUUCACGAAUCUGCCAACGUUGGCGACAUCGUCCAAGUCGGUCGGAUCACUACAGAUGUGAAGGUUGCCAGUGCGUCUAGCAACCACGUCUUCAUCGUCGGCGGGAUCGGCAUUACCGCCUUCAUGGCGCUCAUGGAGGCCUACCAUUCAGUCCACUACAAUUUUGAGUUACAUUACGGCAUCCGCUCGGCCGAUGAUGUGCCGUUCCGCUCGCGCCUUGAGUCUUUUGGCAAGAGCGCCCGCAUCUAUGAUGGUUCCAAAGGAGAAAGAAUGGAUAUCGGCGAGAUCAUGCGGACUCUCAAGUGGAACAGCCACGUCUAUGUUUGCGGACCGACACGUAUGAUGGAGGCGGCGAAGAAGGCGGCGGAACAAAGUGGCCUUGAUGCCACUGACGUCCACUACGAGGCUUUUGCUGCUGAUACGACUGGCGAUCCAUUCGAGGUGGAGGUGUCAAAUCGAGACGGCAAGGUUCUCAAAGUCAGCGAAGAGGAAACGCUUCUGGAGGUAGUAAAGCGUGAUAUCGGCGACUUGGAAAGUAGCUGUGAGGUCGGAAAUUGCGGAACGUGCAAGGUAGUGUUGAAGUCUGGUCGGGUCGCCCACAGGGGCACAGCAUUAUCUCCUGAAGAGAAGGCGGGAUCGAUGCUGAGCUGCGUGAGCCGUGGUAUCGGAAGAAUAGCGAUCGAGAUAUGA